AACAUUGAAACGGUGUAACAUCGACUAUCUUGAGAACAACCUGUUUAUUGAUGUUGGUGGUUAUCCAGUCAGAUAAAAAGUUACAGAUUGCCAGAUAACAAAAUUAGUAGAGACGCUAGAUUUCUAGUUAUUAAGCUGUUGUCUGCUCUGUCGGGCAGUAUUGAGCAGUACUAACUACGUGGGUGCUGAUGGUGAAAAGUGUCGUCGUUCAACAUGAUUCUGCGUACAAUUGUGUUUUAUGUUUUUGUGUUUUGUGGAUCAGCUCUCGGUCAGAAUUCUGGCGAACCAUGCAUUGCUGUGAGAAAAUCAACUCGGGGUGUCUGUAAGGCUCUUUCAGAUUGUCCAGAUAUAAUAAUGGAUGUCCGAAAACAACUUUCAUACAGUCGAUGCGGUUUUGAAGGACGAAGUGAAAUCGUUUGCUGUCCAAACACUGCUAUUCCUGCACCACCAACUUCAGGAUCACAACCGAAUAACCGUGCUCCACUGCCAUCAAAUCCAGCAUCAUCAUCGAGUAAUGGUGAUACAUUAAGCCAGCGCAAGUGCAAAGAAUACCAAGAAGCCAUAUAUGAAUACAUUUAUUCCAUCAGUUUGGAUUUGAAUGCUAAGAAGAACAGGAUAAAGGUAGACAAAUGUGGCCAUAAAACGGUGCCCUUGAUUGUGGGAGGUGAGUUCGCCAAACUUCGCGAAUUCCCACACAUGGCGCUGCUUGGGUACGAGCAGACCGAUGGUUCCACUGCAUGGUCUUGUGGAGGAACUUUGAUAAGUGAUCAGUAUGUACUGACUGCUGGUCACUGUUUACGCACCCGAAGAGGUCCACCGAAAUACAUCCUGCUUGGAGAAUUGGAUAUUCUUUCGGACACGGACGGAGUAAAACCGGAGACGUUCAGCGUUGCGAACAUCAUCCCUCAUCCAGAUUACAAAACCACUUCAAAGUACAAUGACAUUGGUUUGGUGAAAAUGGAUAAAAAGGUAAAUCUGACUCCAUUCAUUCGACCAGCGUGCCUGCCAACGGAAUUUGGAGGUCCCGAGACUCAGGCUAUAGCGACCGGGUGGGGUGACAAAGAAUGGAACUCGAAAAAAGGUUCCAGUCAGCUAUUAAAGGUUACUUUGACGAAAUUCACUCAUCGCGAUUGUAAUAAGACUUACGAGACUGAAAUAAGUACUCGGUUGGAAGAUGGCAUCCGAGAGGAAACUCAGAUUUGCGCAGGAUCGAAGACGAAGAGAGAGGAUACUUGUCAAGGUGAUAGCGGCGGUCCACUUCAAGUAUACUCCAGUUUGUACUGUAUGUACACUAUUAUAGGGGUGACCUCCUUUGGCAUCACUUGCGGUGAAGUUAACGUCCCAGGUGUCUACACUCGUGUCUAUCCAUACGUUUCCUGGAUUGAGAAUCAAGUUUGGAGAAACGAAUAAGUAAAUAUCAAGUUCAUUGCGCUGGUGAUAUUUUCACAGUAUAACGGGAAAGGAUUAAGCUGAUGUUCUUCCAAUUCAGAAAAUUUUGAAUAAAACGUAAUUGUGAAAAAACUGUCAAAUUUGGCCU